AUGGAUAAUGGUAAUCAAAAUGAAAGUUUUCAAUCAAAAUUAGAAAAAUUAAUGGCGAGUGAAAGUCAUAAAAAAGUUACAGUUGAACCAAUUAAUAUUGAUUCCUUUUUGGAUGAAAACUUUUACAAUGAAUCAUUUUUAGAGAAUUGUAAUCAAUUAAAGCAAAAACUGUUAAAUGAAAAAUCAAUUAUUAUAAAAUUAUUAGAUGAAUUAAAUGAUAAAUCAUCGAUUAAUAUUUUAUUUGACGAUGGUAAAAAGGGAUUGGAUCAAUUAAAGGAGAUAUCAGAAAAGAGAAAAGAGAUUUCAUUAGAACUUGGUAAACAAACUAAACUUACAUCAAUUGACAAUCUUUCAAAAUAUACAAAUUUAAUAAAUCAAUUAACAAGGAUAAAGAAAUAUUUUCAACUUUUAUUAAUUAUACAUAUGUUUUAUUCAAAGGUUAAAUUAUGUAUUGAUCAAUCAUUAUUAUCAUUAUCAUUAAAACCAUUUAUAAAUUUAAUAGAAUUACAAAAUAAUUUAAAUUCAUUAAAAGUACCAACAGGACCUAGAAUAAUUGAUCAUGAAGAGAGAAUUGAUCAAAUAUUCCCACAUCUCACUAAAGUAGUGGACCAUGUAGUCGGAGAUACUUGUAAAGUACUUGAAACUAAAAUGAGACAAGCUUUGGUUUUAUCUUUAAAAGAAAUUAAUUGGAUUAAUAUUUCAAACUAUAAUAAUAAUAAUAAUAAUAAUAAUAAUAAUAAUAAUAAUAAUAAUAAUAAUAAUAAUAAUAAUAAUAAUAAUAAUAAUAAUAAUAAUUCUAAUAAUAAUAAUAAUAAUAAUAAUAAUAAUAAUAAUAAUAAUAAUAAUAAUAAUGAUAAUAAUAAUAAUAAUAAUAGCAAAAAUAAUAAUAAUAAUACUACUUCUACCACUACUUCCACCACUACUUCCACUCCCGCUACUACUUCCACUUCCACUUCUAAUGAUAAUAAAUCUAACAAUAAUAACAAUAGUAAUGAUGAUAAUAAAAAAAAGAAUAAUAAAAAUAAGAACAAUAAAAAUAAAAAAAAUAAUAAAGACGAUAAUAGCAAUAAAGAUGAUAAUAAUAAUGAAACUAGUAAUAAUAUUGACAAUAAUGAUGAUGAAAUUAAUAAAACCAACAAUAAUAGUGAAAUUAAUAAAAAUAAAAAUGAUAACAAAGAUAAUAUUAAUAAUGAAGAUAAACAAUUAAUUGAUAAAGAAAAAGAAGAAGCUAGAAAUAAAAUUAAUAUUAGAGAUAGAUUCAUUAGUAAUUUCACAAAUUUAACAUUAUUACAACUUGCUGUACAAAAAUAUCAAAAGAAAUUAAAUGAUGAAUCGACCAUUAAAGAUAAUCAAAAUGUUGAAAAUUAUAAUAAUAAUAAUAAUAAUAAUAAUAAAAAAGAACAAAUGAAUGAAAGUAAUAAAUUAUGGUCAAUUAAUUUAAUAUUACAACCAUUGAUUAAAGGUUUUAAAUAUCAUUUCCAAAGUGAAAGAGUUACAAAUUUCAUAGAGAAACCAGAAUGGGCAAUUCAUUAUGUUAAAAAGAUGAUUAGAGAAUAUAGUAGAUAUUUAUGUAUGUUACAAGAUUCAUUGGAAGAGAAUAAAGUUUACUAUAUCGAUUUACAUCAAUGGUUUAUUGCAGGUUUGGUUGAAACUGUUAAAAACAAAUUCCGUGGUGAAAUUAAAUUAUUCCUCGAGAGACCUGAUCAUUAUAAACGUUAUUUUUAUCAUACGAUGGAGGAGAUUGUUGAAUUCCAAAGAUUCCUACUUGAAGAAUAUCAAUAUCCAAAUCCAAUUGAAUUUGGUAAUGUCAAGGGUGGCAUUGAAAUGGGGCUAAUCCAUGAUGUUGGCAUCAUUCCUGUACCUUUCUCAAUCUUUCAAGAGAAUUCCAUUUUCAAUCGUUGGUUAAACUUGGAGAUUGAAAAUUGUGAUCAACGAUUCCAACAAAUCUAUAUGAACUCAAAUGACCGUUUCCAAUUAUACUAUCGUGAUGAAUUCCCUGACUUGGAUCAAUUACGUCCUACCAAGUCUGCUUAUGAAUUGAUUAGUGUUUUAUCGUCACUAACUGAACGUUAUCAACUUUUAACCGAUGUUUCCUAUCAAUUCGAAUUCUUUAUUCAAAUUCAAAUCAAUCUAUUACUUUGUUAUAAAAAUGAAUUAAAAUCAAUCAUCUCUUUAUUAAACAUUAAUGAUGAUGAUAAUCUUCAUGAUUUAUGUUUUAUUUUCAAUAGUUUAAACUAUUGUAUUAAAGUUUUAAAAGAAUGGGAUGAUCAAUUAAUUUUCAUUGAAAUCUAUGAAUAUAUGAAUAGUGAAAAUGUUAAACAACAAGAUGAAUAUUCACUUUCAAAUAGUGUUGCAACAAAAGGUGAUGAAGAUUAUUCUGCUUUCUCUGUAAUGAUUUCAGAUUAUAAAACUUUAAUUAAAUCUUUAAAAAAGAAAAUUAUUAAAGGUUUAUUCAUAAGUUUUGCAACUAAAAUUAAUAAUUAUUUGAAAAAAGGAACAUUCUCAAUAAAUACUAAUAAUAAUAGUAGUAAUAAUAGUAGUGGUAGUAGUAAUAGUAGUGGUGGUGGUGGUUUAAUUAGUAGCAGUAUUAGUGGUAUUACCUCAAAGAAUAUAUUUAGCUUUAGUAAUUUAAAACAAAAAUCAAAACAAUUAAUUGAUUCAUCUCAACAACAACAACCACAACCUCAACAAUCUCAAUCUAACCAAUCCCAAGAUAAAGAAAUUAACAAUGAACAACAAAUAAAAGGAGAUGAACAACAACAAAAACAACAACAACAACAACAAGAUAGUGAAAAUUAUACUCAAUAUGAUGUUUCAAAUGAAAUUUCUAAUGGACUUUCAAUAUUAAGAUAUCAACUUGGUAUAAUUUAUAGAUCAUUAACACCAACUAAGCUAGCAUCUAUUUGGAAAAAAUUAUUAUUGAAAAUUGAUAAAUAUCUAUUCAACCUUUUAUUAAACUAUCAACCAAAAUUCACUGAAAAUGAUGGUAAACAAUUCUCUAAAGAUAUUAAAACUUGUUUGUUAAUAUUCAAUACUUUUUCGAAUACUCCUGAAAAUUAUUUAAAAAGAGUUUUGGAAUCAACAAUUUUAUUAAGAAUGAGUAAUCAAGAUUUAACAACUUUUAAAAAUGAAUUUUCAAGUAAAUUAAAAGUUAAUUUAGAGGAUGGACUUUUACAAAAAUAUAAAAUUCAUAAUUUAACUACUGAUCAAAUCUCUAAAAUAAUAAAUCUUAGAAUUUAA